AUGCUUCUUGCUUUUAAUUUCGUUAAAUUGCUACUGGUAUUCAGAUGGUUAAAACCAGUAGAACGCAGCCUAGUGGUUCUAGUAAUCGCAAGAAAGCAAAAAAUAAAAAAAAUUGAAAUUGCAAAUGUUAUGGCAAAAGUUCCUUGCAUAAACUCUUAUUUUAAGGCUAAUAACGGCAAUAACGUGUUAAACAGCCCAGAAAAGACGUCAAAAGAUAUUGCCAAUAGUCUUAUUACUGCUAGUUCACAAACGGAUGAUUUAACUUCUAGUAACUCAAAUUUAUCAUGUUAUCGUACAAUGCUUGUUAGUUCUGUUAACAUUGAUGUCAAUGAUGAUGAUCUAUUUCCAACUGCAAACAAUAGUUUAAAUAUUGACCUUCCUCUUACUUCUAUUAUUGGUGAUGUACAAACUACUACUAUUCCCAAUAAAGAUCCUGCUUUGUGGGAUUUAAAUGAAAAUACUAGAGACUAUAUAACACUCAAUGGUUUUGAUCAAAAUUUAAAAGAUACAAACUUUUCUUCGUCAAAAAGGUUAUGUACAAAAGUAAUUCGUGGCACAAAAAAAUCGUACUACAGAAGCUUCCACCAAAAUUUUAUCAAAACUAAACUUAUAAACGGAAAAGAAAUGAAAAAUAGGAGAAAUAAACUAGGACGAAUUGAUAGUCAACUUGUUUUACAAGUCGAGACCGAAAUUAAAUACUUUAAAGAAGUUCUAACCAGAAUAGUAGCUGUGGUGAAAUCAUUAAGUUCUAGAGGACUAUCAUUUAGAGGUCAUAAUGAUAAAUUUGGAUCAACUCAUAGUGGCAAUUUCAUCAUGUGUUUGGAACUAAUAGCAGAGUUUGAUCCUUUUCUAGCUAAUCAUAUUUCAAAAUUUGGAAAUAAGGGUAAAGGAAAACCUGUAGUGAGAUUCUUACAAUUUAUUGCUAACUCUGGACACAAAUCUGAAGAUUUGGCAGAUGCAAUAUUUAUGGUGAUUGGAGAAAAUGAAUUAGAUAUUAAGAAUUGUCGAGGGCAGUCAUAUGACAAUGCAUCAAACAUGUCAGGUGUGUAUUCUGGACUUCAAGCUAGAAUAAAAGGUGCAUGUCCUUAUGCUAUUUUUGUCCCAUGUGCAGCACAUUCAUUAAACUUGGUAGGAGAGUACGCUGCUAAUUGCUGUACACUUGGUACUGAAUUUUUCAAUUUUCUUCAAGCUUUAUACACAUUUUUUUCUGCAUCUACGUAUCGUUGGGAAAUAUUGAGUGACUACCUAACUAAUUCUAAGAAUAAAACAGUAAAAAGAUUGUCUGAUACUCGAUGGGCAGCUAGACACGAAGCUUGUUCAAGUCUUUCUCAAAACUGGACAGAACUUCUUAAAGCAUUGAACAGUUUUGUUGAAAAUCCAAUAGAAAAUUCUAAGACAAAAUGUGAAUCAACUGGGUUAAUAAAAAAAAUGAAUAGAUUGGAAAUGUGUAUUCUUGUGUCAUUUUGGAAUGAUAUUUUAGAGAGGUUUAAUAGUACAAGCAAGAAAUUACAGACUAUUGAAAUUGAUCUGACAAUUUUUAUAAACCUAUACACAUCUUUAAUUAAUUAUGUAACAGAUUUAAGAAAUACUUUUUCACACUAUGAAAAACUAGCUAUGGAAAAAUCUGAAAUUAAAGAGUAUAAAGUUGUCAGGAAGAAGAAAAGAAAAAUUCCAUACGAUGAAUCAUGUCAAGGCGACACAUCAUUUGAAGCUAGAGAAUCAUUUAAAAUAAACACAUAUUUUGUCAUAAUAGAUUCAUUACUUUCAGAGUUAAGGAAGCGUAAAAGCUGUUAUGAUGAUAUUAAUACUAUGUUCGGAUUUUUUUCAAACAUGAUUGAUUUACCAGUAAUUGAAGUGAGAAAGAAAGCUACCAAAUUACAGAGUCAGUAUCCUGAAGAUCUCGAUGGAUCAUUUAUAAAUGAAUGUAUUCAUUUUCAUGGAUCCUUAAAAAGUUUACCAGGAAUUGUAUCACCAAAAUCUAUUUUAGAAUUGUGCAAAAUCAUCGAAGAUCACAAUAUAGCAGAUGUCUACCCAUAUGUAGAUAUUGCGUUACGUAUGUAUUUAUGCUGUCCGGUUUCUAAUACUUCAGCUGAACGGUCAUUUAGUGUUCUGAAAAGAGUGAAAUCAUACUUGAGAUCUUCAAUGAAUGACAACCGUUUAAACAAUUUGGCAAUUUUAAAUAUAGAAUGUGAGAUAACUAAAUCAAUUAGUUAUAAUGAGGUCAUUGAAGAUUUUGCUGCUCAAAAAUCUCAUCGUAAAAUAUAA